GUGACCUUGCUCGAUAACACAAGUUUGAUCGCCCCUGUCUCCAUAAUCUCUUCUCUCUGGUCCGACCAUUUUCAUUGAAAUACGCUAAUAAGGGUUUGUAUGGUCAUGGUGUGCGAUAGAAUUGCAAAAUGAGUCGUUUUUUAACAGGUGACCUUUCAAUUUCACAUAUAAAUGACUGGUUUACGAUUGGAGGCCCUCCUCCGUCUCGUCCAAAGGCAGUUCCUUGUACUAAGCUCGGUCGCCGAGCUCUGGACCCGACGACAGGCGAAGCUGCAGUUGAUAAUUGCAAGCCGUUUGUUCCAAAUUAUAGAAGGCCCACUGUUGGUGGUGGGCAGCAGAAUGACUAUGCUGAAUUUUACAAGAAUCAGUGGGUGGAAGAACAGCUUGGCUUAGAAGAGGAUGAUGAGCUUCAAGAUGGCACUUACAAGUAUGGAGCUAUGUCAGAAUUGGAGAGUGUUACAGAGGGCGUGAGUGCAGUGUCGUUACCUGGCAACGCCUUGAUGGAAUCUGAGGCCACUCAAGUGUACAAAAACUAUAAAUUUGAACAUGAAUACAAUCCAAACUUACCUAUCACUCAGUAUCAGGAAGCGGUGAUUAGUACAAUAGAAAGCAACCAGGUAACUGUAAUUGAAGGCCCCACUGGUUGUGGUAAGACGACACAGGUUCCGCAGUAUAUCUUGGAACAUUACGUCAAGGAGAACAGGCAUUGCAAUAUUAUUGUGACCCAGCCGAGACGUAUUGCAGCCAUGAGCAUUGCAAGGAGAGUCUGUGAGGAGAGAAAGUGGCAGCUAGGAACGAUAGUUGGAUAUCAGGUGGGAAUGGACAAGCAGGUAUCUGAGGACACAAGAUUGUCAUUUGUGACUACUGGUGUUCUUCUUCAAAAGCUCAUCAAAACCAAGAAUAUGAAUGAGUAUACACAUGUGAUUCUUGAUGAGGUGCAUGAGCGUGACCUUGAUUCUGAUUUUGCAUUAUUGGUUGUCCGGAAACUGUUAAGAACGAACUCAAGGUGUGUCAAGGUGGUUCUAAUGUCCGCGUCCAUUGAUACCAAUUUGUUUACUCAUUAUUUCUCGCACCCUGUUCUCGGACGUAUGGAGCCGGCACCUGUUGUAUCUAUAGAAGGCAAGGCAUUUGAUGUGGAAGAGUACUAUUUAGGUGAUCUGCGUGGAUUGGGAGGGGUACCGGCUCAAGAUCCAGAAAAUCCAACUGUAGAAAAUGAAUUGUAUGUAUUGGCAAAGAAACUUAUACUUCACCUUGAUGAUAUAGAGAGAAAAGAGCAAGGGGUUAGUGAGGAUAAAUAUGCGCAGAAUAGGGGAUCUGUUCUCAUUUUUCUUCCAGGUCUGGAGCAAAUUCACCGCAUGGAAGAACAACUUAAUGCCCUCAUUACUGAAAGAAAAAUUCUGGUGAUACCUUUACAUUCAACGAUCACAACUCAGGAGCAAAUAAGAGUGUUCACAAAACCAGUUGCAGGUGUUAGAAAGGUGAUUGUGUCCACUAACAUAGCUGAAAGCUCCAUUACAGUGCCUGACAUCAAGUAUGUUAUUGACUUCAUGCUGACAAAAUGUCUUGUGUGCGACUUUGAGACCAACUACCAAAGUCUGAAACUAAACUGGGCAUCAAGAGCUAAUGCCAUUCAAAGAAAAGGUCGAGCGGGUCGAGUGGCAUCGGGUCGUGUUUACAGAUUAAUUACAAAGCGUUUCUGGGAUAUGUAUAUACAGGAUUAUGGGAUACCUGAGAUGAGGCGAUGUCCUCUGGAGUAUCUAGUCCUGCAGGUGAAGCUCUUAGACUUGGGUGAACCCAAAGCUAUUCUAGGCCUAGCACUAGAACCACCAAAUCUAGCAGAAAUAGAAAGAACAGUUUUAUUGCUUAAAGAAGUCGGUGCUUUGUCAACUCUUCGCAGUGGGGUUCCGAACCCGCAUGAUGGUGACUUGACCUUCCCAGGAAAGGUUCUUGCUUCCUUACCGGUUGACAUACGAUUGGGAAAACUGAUCAUCCUUGGUCAUGUUUUUGGAUGUCUGAGGGAUUGCAUUAUUAUAGGUGCUGCUUUGUCACUGAAAAGCAUCUUUGCCAGACCCUUCGGUAAAGACCUUGAUGCAUUUAGACACAAGAAAGGCUGGGCUGAGGGUUCAUCCUCCGAUUGUAUUGCUGCUUUAAAUUGUUUCAAGAAAUGGGAGGAGAUGCGUGCAAGCGGGGCAUUUAAAAUAUCAAGGGGGGCAGAAGCGGAUUGGUGCAAGAAUAAUUUUAUCCAGUUAAGACGAAUCUUUGAUGUAUCAGAGCUUGUGAAGGAGUUAAUUAAACGACUCGCCGAAUUUAAUAUUCACUUACCACGUGGACACCCACGUAAUCAACCACCAAGGAAUCCUGUUCAUGACAUUAUUAUUCUAAAGCUUAUCUUAGCAGGAGCAUUCUAUCCAAACUACUUUCUGCAGUUGCCGUCAGAUGAAGAGGAUGCUCAUCGGCAGAUGUCUGGCAAAGACCCCUGUACCACAGUGAUGGUUAAACGUAUGCCGCAAAAUGCAUGCCAUAACAGUGCUGCCGUAGCAGCUUUGUUCAGGCCCUGUGGUAAAGGAAAGACACUGCACUUUGAAGAGAGCAAGUGUUUUGUUGAGUUUGAAAGACUACAUAUGUUAAGCAAUGGAGAUACCCAGAACAUGGUUUUGCCUGCUGUAUACUUAGCUGUCAAAAUGAGACAGUUAAGGUUGCCAUUAAGCCUUGAUGUAUAUGAAGCCAAAGAAGAGAAUGUAGAAGCAUUGAAGACCAAAAAUGAAGAUACAGUGAAGGAAAGAAAACUAAAAACCAACAGAAUUGGGACUUCUUUCGACGACAGUGAACCACAGUUUGUAUCACCACCUUCAGCUGACAAAUCAUGGAUCAAGAUAUAUGUGACAGAGGUUUCAGAUGGAAAUCACCUGUGGGCCCAUGAUGCAGAACCAGAGACCUUUGAACAACUUGGAUAUCUUAUGGAAACCAUCAAUGGAAACUCAUACAACACUCAACGGAGGUUGAUUUCUGUGGACGUUGGACAGUAUUGUGUGGCUCCAUUUGAAGAUGAUACCCUGAUGUACUACAGAGCUAGGAUUGAAGCAGUCAAAGGAGAUAUGGUAGAGGUCUUUUUCCUGGAUUAUGGAAAUGUAGCUUCAAUGCCGUCAAAUGUGUUACGAAUGAUUCAUCCUGAUUUGUUGAAACUUCCAUUCCAGGCAUUUGAGUGUGUCUUGUGUGAAGUAAAACCAUUCUACCGACUGGUGAACCAAAAUCGCUGGAUGCCUCAGGCAAAAGAGAGACUCACAGAAUUAGCCUGUAACAGAGUAAUGUUGGCUAAGGUGUUUUCUGUCGUUGGUGGUGUCUUGCGUAUUGAGCUGGUUUCAUGUAUGGGUUCAGAAGAGGUCAACAUCAACGAACUUCUUGUCAAGGAAGAGUUAGUAGAAAGAACAGAGGAACCACUCGCUUCCAAGAUCAAUCACCAGCAACGUCUAGAACAGGCUGCUCACUACCACCUGGAGGAGAAUUAUGACGAGUCUCCCAAGAUGCCUGAUCUGCAGGACCGUAGGAAAUUUGUAAAUGUGGGAAAGGUGAAUCUUCAGGGGCCUUACAGUCCAUUGGAGGUAAAUUUCUCUGGUGUCACAGCUAUAGGAAGUAUAAGGUCAGUACGGAUAGAAAGAGAGAGCGUCAACUCAGUGACGCUGGACAAUGAACCUCAGGCCACAUACCAGAAGCUGAUGGUAGCAGCUCAUGUUAGCCUCAACAACUCCGGCUCAUGCCUGAUUGCACGCAGUACAACUCUUAUGCCUGACAUCAAGGGCCUACCUCCUCUUAUCUGCAUCCUCUUUGCACCAGCUAUUGAGCUGCGGAUGGAUAAAAACAAGUCACGCAUGACAGGGGUGUUGUGUGGACUUGGAUGGGAUUCUCUCGCUAACGGUCCAGCACUCCCAGAUCAUGAUAUUGAAAUCCCAUUUGAUGUUAAAAUCACAAAAAAUGACAUCAUAAAGGUAAAUGGUCUCCGCCUAGCCAUCAAUCUUGCCAUUGGUUCACCAGAUGCUAUUACUCAGUGGGGACCAUCUGCCGUUGCCAGGAUUCAGAACCAAGCCAGAGAAAAAAUUCUGGAUUUAUUCCUAAAGAGAAGAGAAGUUAUCACACCUAAAAACUUUCCAAGAUCUCGUUUCUGGAAUCAGCUUCAACCAGAUGACAUAUUGUGGUAUGAGGAUCCAACAAGUGGUGAAAGCGACCACUAUGACUAUCCAAAACUGUUUGAAUACCAUUGUGGUGUGAUGGUGUCAGAUGAAAUUGAAGAGGAAGAAGAAAUGGAGAAUUUACGUCGAAAGCGAAGAGAGAUAGAAGAACUUCACAAGCUUGCCAGCAGAUCAAGCAUACCUUUUGACAGACCGGUUUCUUGUGAAUUGUGCCAAAAUACAUUUAUUUCACCGAAAGAUGUUCUCAACCAUGUACGAAGUACCGCACACAGAGAAAUGGAACAAACGCUAUUGAGAUGACUUACUACAAACUGUUUGUGUUUGUAUUUUGUUUUGGAGUUUUUUCAUUUUCAUGAUGAUUUUUGUUUUUUGUGAUGAUUAUGCGAGAAAAGAUAUAGAAAUUAUAACAGAAGAAAAUCUUGUACAUUUUUUUUGAGAAAAGCUAAUGAAUUAGUUGAUUCAUUAGCUUUAUAAAACAAGUAUAGCUACCAUUAUGGAAAGUAUUGUAUGUUGGUUAUUGUUUACGCUAUAUAGUACAAUAGCGAGCCACUCACUUAAAAGAACAGAUCAUUAUAUAAAGUAGUUUAUUUUGAAGGGGACAGGCUCUUAAAGUACCACAACCAAUCACUGAUAACAGAAACUCUUUAUCAAAGUAUUAUGGACUUUCAUUUUUGGUUCUUAUUUUCGCAGCAUAUUAUGCAUUGUAAUGGACUGUAUGUAUGUAAUGCAUUGCGUGCUACGCCGAGUUUCAUACGUUGGUUCUGAAUUGUAGUUAAAUAUCUGACAGGUGACUGAUCCCUAAUUUUGCAAUUGUGUUUUUGAUGAAUAUUUAAGCUGAACAGGGUAACUUAACCCCACCUGCCUGAUUAUUUUUUUUUUUUUCUUUUUUUUUUUGGGGGGGGGGGG